AAUAAAGAGGAAUAAUUGUAGCGUUGCCGGUGGAGCGGUUGCGUGUCUCCACGUAUUUGUUUAUAAGAAGACGGUUUUAUUUGUGGGUUUUAUUUGAUUGCGGGAUUCAAUAUCGUGUUUAAAUCGCUCGGGGUGAACGAUUAUACGUCGUGAUUUCUGUUUAUUCGUUGAUCAGAGUGAUUUCUUUGGGGGCAGAAAACCACGUCCUGUCUGUGUUUUAAGUAACAGGCGGAUAAGCGGUGUGGAUUUAAAAAAUAAAAUCGAGCUGCGAUGAGCAAUUUGGACGCAGUGGAUCGAGUCGAGCUGUGUGAGAGUCUCCUGACAUGGAUCCAGACGUUUGGCGUGGAAGCGCCGUGCAAAACAGUGGAGGACCUGACGAGUGGCGUGGUCAUGGCUCAAGUCCUGCAGAAAAUAGACGUAGUGCACUUCAGCGACAGCUGGAUAAGCCGUAUCAAGUCUGAAGUGGGUGAUAAUUGGAGGUUAAAGAUCAGUAAUCUAAAGAAAAUAUUAAAAGGCAUUUUGGAUUACAACCACGAGGUCCUGGGACAGCAGAUUAAUGACUUCACCCUGCCUGAUGUCAAUCUGAUCGGGGAGCACUCAGACGCAGCCGAGCUCGGCCGAAUGCUGCAGCUCAUACUCGGCUGCGCUGUCAACUGUGAACAGAAACAAGAGUACAUCCAGACCAUCAUGAUGAUGGAGGAGUCCGUGCAGCAUGUCGUCAUGACGGCCAUUCAGGAGCUUAUGAGCAAAGAGACGCCAGUUUCGUCAGGAAGCGACUCCUACGCUGACCUGGACAGACAGCUGAAGAAGACGGUGGAGGAGCUGAACGAUGCUCUGGCUUCUAAAGAGGAGAUCGCUCAGCGCUGCCACGAGCUGGACAUGCAGGUGGCGGCUCUACAGGAGGAGAAGAGCAGCCUACUCGCCGAGAAUCAGGUCCUGAUGGAGCGUCUCAACCAGUCUGACUCCAUCGAGGAUGUGAACAGCCCGGCCGGGAGGCGGCACCUCCAGCUACAGACACAGCUGGAGCAGCUGCAGGAGGAGACGUUUAGGCUCGAGGCGGCUAAAGACGACUACCGUAUCCGCUGUGAGGAGCUGGAGAAGGAGCUCCUGGAGGUCAAAGUUCAGAACGAGGAGCUGACAUCUCUGGCUGACGAAGCUCAGUCACUUAAAGACGAAAUGGACGUCCUGAGACACUCGUCUGAUAAGGUGGCGAAGUUGGAGGCGCAGGUGGAGUCGUAUAAGAAGAAGCUGGAGGAUCUGGGGGAUCUGCGCAGGCAGGUGAAGCUGCUGGAGGAGAAGAACACCAGCUAUAUGCAGAACACCGUGACCCUGGAGGAGGAGCUACGCAAAGCUAACACGGCCCGCGCCCAGCUGGAGACCUACAAGAGACAGGUGGUCGAGCUCCAGAACCGGCUGUCCGAGGAAUCCAAGAAGGCCGACAAGAUGGAGUUUGAGAGCAAGCGACUGAAGGAGAAGGUGGAUUCACUUCAGAAGGAGAAAGACCGGAUGAGGACGGAGCGUGACUCUCUGAAGGAGACGAUCGAGGAGCUGCGGUGUGUUCAGGCCCAGGAGGGUCAGCUCACCUCAGUAGGUCUGGUUCCACUGGGCAGCAGCGAGGCCUCGGAUUCUCUAGCGGCGGAAAUCGUGACCCCAGAGAUCCGGGAGCGAUUGAUCCGUCUGCAGCAUGAGAACAAGAUGCUGAAGCUGAAUCAGGAGGGAUCAGACAACGAGCAGAUCGCGCUCCUCAAGAGUCUGCUGGAGGACGCAAACGCCAGGAAGAACGAGCUGGAGACGGAGAACAGGUUGGUGAAUCAGAGGCUCUUGGCAGGUCAGAGUCAGGUGGAGGAGCUGCAGAAGAGUUUACAGGAGCAGGGUUCGAAAGCAGACGACUCGGUUCUGCUGAAGCGGAAGUGCGAGGAACAUUUAGACAAAUUGAGGGACGCAUCCACCGAGCUGCAGAAGAAGAGCGCCAUCAUCGAAGACCUGGAGCCCAAAUAUAACGCGAGUGCUCAGAGGAUCGAGGAACUGGAGGAGGCUCUGAAGAAGAAAGACGACGAGAUGAAGCAGAUGGAAGAGAGAUAUAAGAAAUAUCUGGAGAAAGCAAAGAGUGUCAUUCGGACUUUGGACCCCAAACAGAACCAGGGUUCGGCUCCUGAGGUUCAGGCGCUGAAGAACCAGCUACAAGAGAAGGAGAGGAUGCUGCACUCACUGGAGAAAGAGUACGACAAGGCGAAGUCUCAGCGAGACCACGAGGAGAAACUGAUCGUAUCUGCCUGGUACAACAUGGGCAUGGCUCUCCAGAAGAAAGCAGCGGAGGACCGUUUAGCCAGCACUGGAUCGGGUCAGUCGUUCCUGGCGCGUCAGAGGCAGGCCACCAGCACGCGGCGCUCGUAUCCAGGCCACGUGCAGCCCGCCACAGCCAGUGAUGUAAAGGCAUGAGCGGGCAGUCGAGGCGGCGUGGCUGCAUGAUGGCGCUGCUUGCAUGACCGAUUUUGCUCUUGAAUAACACCAACACACACUAACACCUCCGGCUCGGGGUCCGCGGUCCGCUUUCUUUCGCCUCCAGUCCGGUUUCAUCAGCAUGCUCCUGUUGCGUUUGCAACAGUCACAGACUGUCUGUGGGCGGGGCCUGAAGGUUACCGCAGAGUGACGAUGUACGAAUACGACGCAGGCUGGCAAACUGUCUCUGGGUCCAAAAACUUUUUAUUAAGUCCUUUUUUUUUUGUUUGUUUUUUUGCAUAUUUAUUACAGUUUGUUUUUCUUUCUUUUUCUUUUUUUUUUUUUUUUUAAGUUUGAUCCUUCUUAAUUCUGAACAAAGUGUUAUUUUUUUUAAUGAUAUGACCCACAAAUUGUGAGCCUCUGCACGGCGUCGGCGUUCGUAACACUGGAUUUUGAAGUCGUAUCAUAACUCGCAGCGUCACGGCUUUGCGGAAACGUUCUACAAGUUACACUACGUUUCUCUUCUGCCUGAUGGGAGACAGUAUUAGGAGGUCAAAGGUCAAAAGAAAGUCAUUUAAGGAGUUUCCAAGUGAAACAAAGCGUAUAACUGAUCGAUGUGCAUAUUAGAGACCUAGCAACAGGAAGUGCAGUACUGAAACCACAGGAGACGAGUAUUUAUUCACAAAGGUCAUUUCCAGGGCUUUUUCCUUAACAUAUGGGGGUCUACAAUAUCAAUCCCCUCCACCCCCCCCCCCCCCCCCCCCAUCAGACCUGCUUAAGAAUUCUUAAAAAAAGUACAGUUACAGCCAAUGCUUUUUAUUUAUUUAUUUAUUUAUUUUUUAUUAAUACUCUCCUGACCAAUCAGAUUGCAAGUUAUGUGGCCAAGCAAUAAUAAUAAUAAUAAAAUAAAAAAAAAACAAGAACAACAUGGAGGACAAAGUGUUUGUCGCCAAAUAAAUGACCCUUAUUAGUGAGAGAAUAUAUGGAGAUUUAAUUAAUAAAUAAAUAAAUAAAUAAAUAAAUAAAUAAAAGCAUUUCCAACGUUGCAGUUUAACACAAAAUAUCAACUCGUGUACGUUUGGGACGUCCAACCUUUCCGCCUCCAGGACUACAGCGAAGGCAAACGACCUCAUCGUCUCCAGAGUUAACCCGAAAUCCAUCUUUAUUUCAUCUGUUACUGCUCAUAACACACCUCGAGCUCGAGCGUGAACGCAGCAUGGAAAAAGCUAGCAGAGAAAACCGCUUCGCUAACUCGGCUAGAUAAGGAACCGUCGAGUGGCCCGAGUCUUAACUCUGUGUUGUAUCGUGAAAUCGGUUUACGUUACGUAAAGGACAAAGACGGCGGACCGUCAGUAUGACGUCAUCAGCGCUCUAGGUCUCUAAUAUGUGCGUCUGUGCUACAGAAAGCUCAUUUGUGCAACCGACGGUGUUGCAGAUGAUCGAUAAGGGGCGUGUCCCGUAUUACAAAGCAUUUUUACCUCAGAUCGAACGACGACUCUGUGGACUAAUACGGUAAACGUUGUGCCGUUUAUUAGUCCUUAAACGUUCUCCGCUGCUUCUUUUUUUCUUUCUUCUUCUCAGCUGUUACACGUCAUGAUGUCCAUGUUAUGCAAUACGUCACCAUUUUAUACUGUUACAACAUGCGUUCUUUUUGUUUUUGGCGCUUUUUUAAAAAAUAUAUAUAUAUAAUAUCUGUAUUUAGUGUAAGAUUUGUAAGGGCGUUUGCGAGUUGAUGAAUGCACAAAGUGUGAAGUAACUAGACAACAGUGUUAGCGUAGCUUAUUUAAAAACGAAGUGGAAAAAAAGAACAAUUCACAUUCACAACCGUCCAAUAGGAGAGGAUCUGCUCCUCGGUUUAACAAAAGAAAGUUUUUGGUUCAAAUUUCUCGAGUAUUUUGGUUGAUGUGGAUUUUUUUUUAAUGCAUAGGAAGAUGUUACGUCUAGUCGAAGUAGCAAAUAAUCUUUCCAUUUGCCAAGUUUUAUAUCGCUUGUAUACAGUAUGUAAAUACGCUCUGUGUAAGACAGUGGAGGAAGUUCCUGCUCAUUAGUUUAUAUAUAUAUAUAUAAAUAUAUAUUUUAAAAGAAAAUUAAGGAGAGGAUUUUGAUUUUAGAUGAAUUAUACGGCGUGAUUCAGUUUGAAGUUCGAGGGGAAAAUUGUGCUUCCUACGCUGAAAAAAAAUGUACAGUUGGUAAUCAAGUUGUAAAUAAAGCUUGUAUAAAACUC